AUGUCAUCGUCGACCGUAACGCCAAAGACACUCACCUACGUGAGCGGGAGCUCCGACUUCGAGCAGCAGCUCGAUCUGUACCUGCCGUCAGAGCAGACAGCGUCGAGUCUGGUGGUGUUCAUCCACGGCGGUGCAUGGCGCACAGGAUCGCGCAAAGACCACGCGGAUCUUGCCAAGUAUCUGUGCGCAAAGGGAAAGGCGGUUGCAAUUGUCGACUACAGGCUCUCGGUCAAGGACGAUCAGGGUCUGCCAAAACACAUCCACCCCGUGCACGUGCAGGACGUCAAUGCGGCCCUAGCGUUCCUGCAUGUUCGAGACGAUGUGCCAAGCAAAGACUGGGUCGUCGUUGGUCAUUCCAUCGGCGCAUGGCUCACACUUGCUGCCAUCAUUAGUGGCUCUUCAAGCUCGCCGGAUGCUCAGUAUCCGGCUCCGAUGCCAACUCCAAGCAGCGCAGCGAGAGAUUCCAUCAAAACUUGUGUCCUGGUCGACGGAAUCUUUUCGGUCUCGGGACUUCUCCAAGAAUACCCGGACUACGACGGAUUCGUCGCACAAGCAUUCUUGCCCCACCCCGGCCCGGCCGAGUACGACGUUGUUUCAUGUGAGAACUGGCCGCUGGCGUUCGACGGCAAGCAGCUGCAUGUAUGGCACUCGUGCGACGACGAACUGCUAUCCUUCAAGCAGAGCCUCGACAUCAUUCUUCAUCUCGACAGCAAGCUUUCGACCGCCGCGUCUGCUUCCAUUCCGGUUGUCAUCCCGCAGGACGGGAACGCAAGCACAACCGAGGUGCAAGGCGAAAAGAAGCUGCUCGCUUCGUUGUACGCCAACACAUCCAUCAAAAACGCCGACCAGCUGCACGCAGAUCUCACCACUCUGAAGGGCGCGCACGAUGAUCUUCUGCAUACAGAGACCUUCUGGAACCUCAUUCUGGCGCUAUGA